GGUACCGCAUCGGAACAAUGAGAAUAUUUGUUCCGCUUUCUCCAGAUAUAAAACCUGAUUGGGCAGGUGAUGGGCGUUAUGUACCUAGGUACCCACUUGUGUACAUCUUGCAGCACUGAUGCAAGUAACAUUCAAGAUGCAAUUGGAGAAAGUGCUAUCUUGAGCUACGUGUUAGCUAGGUAACUACACAGGAUAACUACAUACAUACAUCGCAACUCCAGCACUUCGUCAUUUCUCUAUGUUUGUAUUUGUUAUCUAGCUCAUACACUGAAGUUUCAAUUCAUCUUGUCAUAAUUCAUCUAUCUAACUAUCUAAGUAUCUAAUGGUCAAAACUCAUCUUAAGAUUUAGACCUCGCUUCUAGCCCGCCAAAUCGAUCAACCGGACAUAAACCGCAUUAUACAUACCAACAGCCAAAAUGAAUACGCAAUUCAACUCGGCGCUCAAGCAGUCUACCUCUAUAAAACGGGACCUUACCAACAUCACUUCGUCACCUGAUAGCGCGCCUCCUACUCCCGCAGCGUUAGGCUCCCUCUCCGCCUCGCUGACAGCAUUCUCGCGAACGCUAGACGAAUACAACGCCCUGGCAAAGCAGGAACUCAACCCGGCUAAGCAGGAGAAGGCCUUCGAACGAAUCAAAAACUUCCGAUCUGAGCUUUCCUCGUUUCGAACGCAGUUGGACGAGCUGAAAUCGCGGCGCGAAGAUGCGCUGCAUUCGCAAAAUCGCUCGGAACUUCUUGGCCGAAGACCGUUCGCUACUGUGACGCCCGAGAACCCCUACGCGAACACGCCGCCCCAGACUUCUCCAUCGAUCCCCCCGAACCGGUACGGCAGCGGAGGAAGUCAGUUAAGCAUGGGCAGCAACGACUAUACUCGAGAAUCGCAUGCGUUGCGGGAACAGAACUUCUUCGCAAAUACUAACACGGCACUAGAUGAGUACAUCGCCAGGGGGCAGGCUGUGCUCGGGGACCUGGGAACGCAGCGGGAGAUGCUGAAGAAUACGCAGAAGAGGCUAUAUAGUGUUGCUAAUACGCUCGGCGUCAGCGGAGAUACUAUACGCAUGAUCGAGAGGAGGGCCAAACAAGACAAGUGGAUCUUCGGGGGUGGCGUGGUGGUGUUUUUUGGCUUUUGCUGGCUGUGUCUGCAUUUUCUCCGGUAGAGCUGGUCAAGUUUCGUGUUGCGCGAGACGUCGGAUUUUAGGAAUUCACAUCACUUUUAGCGAGGCGUUCAGGUGUCUUGUUAGUCGAAUACUCGAUUUACCGCUUUUUAGUAAAUGGACCCCGCCUCUUAUUCCGGCGAAUAUUCCUGUUUACCGCAGGUCUAAUAAUAUAAGAUUGCCUUAUACCAAAAA